AUGCGCCGUCUUCAGCUGUUUGGAAGAUCUAGGGAAGAGGCGGCCCCAACUUCAGAGCUGAGAGUUGCAAGGACUAGAGGUAACGUUAAGAGUCAACCUAUCAACAAGGAAGAAUUAUCGGGCCUGCUGUCUUUGCCCUCAAAGAUCAUCGACCAAAUUCUGCGAAUGUUGGACGUUCCAACGCUUCUCUCGCUGUGUCUGGUAAACUCCAAGCUGUACAAUAUCAUAAGCAAUAACUUUCUGUAUCAAAACGUUGUUCUGAAGGAUAAGCUGGCCUUGCUGCAAUUUGCAGCAUUAAUUCAUAGCGAAACACACACGUCGAACGCAUUGAGUCAACCUAGAAUUGGUGUUUCGUCUCAAAACCUUCGAUUUUUGGUUCGCUCUGUGGAAUUCGUGAACCCACUGUACCAGGAUUCGCUUCUCAAAUACGGCAAGUAUUGCAGUAGAGAUGAGCCAGAUACCAUUGGCAGCUCCUAUCGUCUGUCUAGUGAUUCUCAACGGGUACAGAACUUUUCGCGCGAGAAAUCACCCGAAGGAACGCCCUUGCGUGAGCGCAGAAGCCAUUCUUCCGAUAACAGGCGUUUGAACCUGUCGAGUCCACUUAAUAGACGCACGGAGUCCCCGCUCAGGUCUUUUUUUGAUAUCUCUUCAUCUUCUCGAUCCAAACUAAUGGCCAAAUACGAAUCUCAUACCUACCUAGAGCUAAUGCUGGACAUUAUUGAUUUUUGCCCCAAUCUCACACAUGUUGUGCUUAGUGGUAUUCGUCCGGGCUUUAAGAUUCCGCUAUGGUAUUCGGUAUUGAAUGACGGAUCUAAGGACUUUUACAAAAGAAUCAUCAAAGGGCAGCAGUCUUUGAACAGGGACGAUCUCAUGAGCUUUGAGUUUUCCUCUUCAUGGCUUGCUGCAUACGAGGAGAAAUAUCAUACUUUACCUCGCUUCAAAAAGCUGGAGCUUCGGGCAGCCAGCGAUAAACCCCCAGUACCUUUGAGGUCCAAUAUGCUAAGCUGUUUUGGCAUCUUUGAUGAGCUGAUUCUGGAAAACAUGGCUAUAGAUGCAGAAUCACUUGAUGCUCCAUUUGAAUACAUGCCGCUGUAUAUGCGGAGAAGUGAAGAGGGUUUUCUUGACCUGUAUUUGCCAAUCACAUCGCUUUCACUCAAAAGUUGUGAAAUCGUCCCUGGAAAUGGGCUAGUGAAGCUUCUGCAUUCCUAUUAUCAUCGGGUGAAAAAUCUCAAGCUACUCAACAUUCGCAGCAAGUAUGACCUCAUCCUAACAAAAUGCUUUCCUAGCCUGAAGCAUUUAACAAUUGAUUGUAAUAGCGAAUGCUUCAAUAGUCAGAGGGUCGCUGAUAGUGCGUACUAUUUCAAAGAAUGCUCCCAAGAGUCUUCUGACAAUGCUUCUCUGGCAGAAACCUUAGUUGAAACACCGAUUACACGAAGACUUACUGUACCGCCCGCCACUACCCCAAUUGUGAUUGCCAUGAACGAAGGCUAUAUCAAACGUGUUAGCGAUAACGAAGGUAGAAAGCCAGGAACAAUAUCUGCAACACAAGAACAAUAUUAUAAAAACAUGAGGAUACAUUCCUUCCACUACUUCUACCACUAUUACAAAGAUCUUUGGGACCGGCUUCCUACGAAAGGCAUCAAGCUAUCAAUUGUCAAUAUACCCUUCACCAACGUCUUCCCGCUACAGCCACUCCAUUUUUGGCGGCAACUGGACGCUUACACCGGAGAUGAUCUCCAGACUUUGUGUGGCUCUACCCACGCGGAAGACGGGUAUUCGAGCACUCAUUGGUGGGACAACGCUGUGCUCAGUUGUUUAAAUGAUAGUGUCGCGGAUUCUCUCAGCGACAACGAUAUUAUGGAUCAGCAGCAACUGUGGAAUAGUUUCCAAAAUUUUCACCUUUUCAAAGACAUCCCAAACGUUAACUUAUGGAUGUUCUUGAAGUCGUUGUCGAGGUUUCAGUCUGUUGAUAUAAGAAUGCUCAGAAAGUGGUUAUGGUGUACUCCAAGAACGCGAUACGAUUGGGAGAUUUUGCUGAGACCACUUUUAAAUGCAGAAAUGAUGUUGACAGUAAGAGACAACGAUGGUUUUGUCUUGUACAAGUAUGGAGCUAAGUGA